AUGCUGCAGGUAUUAGGGAAAAACAAGCUGGUCCUAUGCAUCAGAAACAUCAGGUUCCCUGUUAGGAGAAACCGGUGUCUGAAACUCUCUUUUGGCAUGGGCUGCAUUUGCUCCAAAGGGGAAAAAGAUGAGAACAAGGUCAAGAAAGAGAGAGGCUCCAAAGGAUCCUUCAAACGAUCUGUUAGGAAGGAAGAUAUUGUGGUCGAGGUUGAUAAUGGAGGCAGUGAAGCUACCACGAGGCUUAUAUCAACAGAUAACGCUGAGAAAAGUGCAGGGUCAACCCCGGCUGUGUGGGAGCAGAGUUAUAAGAAGCCAAUGGUUAGUGAGAAACCUGUUGUUGUGUCCCAAAUGGUCGAGAAUGGGACCCAGGGGGGGAAGCCUCAGAUGUGUCGGGUGUUGAGCAUGAGAAAUGGGGUUGACGGGUCACAGGUGGUUGCUGGCUGGCCGUCGUGGCUGACCUCAGUGGCCGGGGAAGCUAUUAAAGGGUGGAUACCUCGGAAAGCGGAUUCUUUCGAGAAAUUGGAUAAGAUUGGUCAGGGAACAUACAGCAGCGUGUAUAGAGCUCGUGACCUUGAAACUGGAAAAAUUGUCGCUUUGAAGAAAGUGCGGUUUGUCAACAUGGACCCUGAAAGCGUCCGUUUCAUGGCCAGGGAAAUCCUUAUCCUACGCAGGCUCGAUCACCCUAAUGUCAUGAAGCUUGAAGGUCUUGUCACUUCAAGGGUUUCAGGGAAUCUUUACCUGGUAUUCGAAUACAUGGAACAUGAUCUUGCGGGACUUGCGGCUUCACCAGUAGUUCGAUUGAAUGAAUCUCAGCAGAUAAAGUGCUUCAUGCAACAGCUGCUUCGUGGACUUGAACACUGUCAUAGCCGUGGAGUCCUGCACCGUGAUAUUAAGGGUUCAAAUCUUCUGAUUGAUGAUCAUGGAAAUCUAAAGAUUGGUGAUUUUGGGUUGGCCACCUUUUUCCGGGCCAAUCAAAAGCAGCCCCUAACUAGUCGUGUUGUAACCUUGUGGUAUCGACCUCCUGAGCUUUUACUUGGUGCUACAGAUUAUGGCGUAGCUGUUGAUUUAUGGAGCUCGGGUUGCAUUCUUGCUGAAUUAUUUGCAGGGAAACCAAUCAUGCCCGGAAGAACAGAGGUUGAACAACUUCAUAAAAUCUUUAAACUUUGUGGUUCACCCUCAGAAGAAUACUGGAAAACAUCAAAGCUACUGCAUGCUACAAUUUUUAAGCCUCAGCAUCCGUACAAGAGAUGUGUGGCUGAGACAUUUAAGGAUUUCCCCCCUUCGACUUUAUCACUUCUUGAAUCACUUCUUGCUUUUGAACCAGAGCUUAGAGGAUCAACAACUUCUGCACUUCAUAGUGAGUUCUUCACGACAAAACCUUUACCUUGCGAUCCAUCAUCUUUGCCAAAGUACCCACCUUGCAAAGAGUAUGACGUGAGAGCACGAGAUGAAGAGGCGAGAAGACAGAGUGCAGCUGGUGGAAAGGGAGGCCGGGUCGAAUCAUCCAGAAAAGGCUCCAAAGAGUCCAAAGCAGUCCCAGCACCUGAUGCUAAUGCUGAACUGCCAGCGUCAAUACAGAAAAGAAAAGGGCAAUCGAAUCCCAAGAGUAACAGCGAGAUGUACAACCGCGAGGAGGACAGUGGUUCGGGCUUCCCGAUCGAGCCAUCAAGAGGAUCUUCACAUGAUAAUAGCCACUCGAUGCUCAUGGGCCCAUCUGGAAAUUCACUGGAUUCAGUGAACGAGGAGCAUCGUCUGAAUUCUCAUGGGCUGCUCGACUCCUCGGGAUACCGAGACCUAAAGACCCAGAGAUCUUUCAAGCCGCAGGGUACCCGACUGGCUCGGUUUUCCAACUCGGUGGCUGCCCGUGGCAACUCGCAGCUUGAUUUCAGCCGGGACUCGAGCGUCCACGCAAACUGGCGGAAGCACGACUCGGGAUACGAACGGGUGGAAGAUACUGACCAGCCCAAUCAUCUGCUGGGAAAAGCAGAUUCCCCGUACAAGAGUAACGGGCAGGUGCCUAAUCUCAAGGACGCUAAUGUGGGUUAUGCUUUCAAGAAGACAAGAAUGCACUAUUCUGGGCCGUUGCUGCCUCCAGGUGGAAGUGUGGAGGAAAUGCUGAAAGAGCACGAAAAACAGAUUCAAAUAGCUGUAAGAAAAGCUCGUGAGAAGAGUAAGAGCAGGAAAAGCCUGCUCAAUAAUGGACAGACAGAUUCACUCCUCGGGUAUGUUAAUGGCCGCUGA